CAAAUUGAGAACUAAACGAAACUUUUCCAACUUUGUUUAGUUCUAAUGUCGUGAUAGUUGAUAAUUGAAGAACAUUUGCCUGAAUUUUAGACAUAAGAGCUGUAUUCAGGUGUGUUUAAUCAGCUGUCAAGAAAUCAUUUUUAGCAAAAUGGAGUCGACCAGUACGAGUCUGAACAUGUAUAACGUCUAAGCUUACAGUAUAUAAUGAACAACGAUUGGUCAAGUUGUUAUAUUUCAUCACAACCCACAACAAGAUAGACACAAUUUGCCGAUCAAGAAAUGGCAUCCAUGAGGACAAAAUGUGCUUUUUGGGAUAAAUGUUACAGAAAAAAUAAAGUCCAUUUGAGAGAUUAUAUUCAUCCUGGAGAUAAAGAUGAAAAAGAUGAAAGUAAAGAUGAUAAUGAUGUAGAUAUGAAAGAUGUAUCUGGAGCAGGUGAUGGUCAAAAAAGAAAGGUCCAUGAAAUUAGUGAUGAUGAGGAUGAAGUAAUGGGAAGUUCUAAGACAAAGAAACAAAAAACAGAUUCACCAGCAGCUUCAUCAUCUACAGCAGCAUCAUCAUUAACAUCUGCAGCUGCAGCAUCAUCAUCAUCAACAGAUUUACCUACCAUUAAGUUUAAAAGUAAGAAAGAGAAGUGUAAAUAUUGGCUGAAAUGUUUUAGGAAAGAACAGAAACAUUUAUUAGAAUUUUGGCAUCCUGGCGAUGACAUUCCUGAUGAGGUUGAAGAAAUUGUAGAUAAAAAAACUCGUGGAAAAGCUAAAGAAUUACUAAAUGCUCUAAUGGAUGGUCAAACAGUAGAAUUUGAUUCUGGAUUUAAAUUGAAGAGAAUGGGUGACAAUUAUUCAUGCUCUUGCACCAGUUGGGUAUCAUCAUCAGAUCCUAUAGCAGAAAGAACUUGUAAACAUCUGAUGGAAUAUAAUGGUGAAGACUUUGAGAAAUCAAGAAUUACAGUAGCUAAACCUAAAAAAACUGUUAUACGUUCUCAUAUCAAUGUCAGUUUACUACUUGCUCAUAAAUAUGAUGAAAAAGUUAAUGACCCAACAGGAUGGUGGAUGAGUGAAAAAUUAGAUGGUGUCAGGGCGUUUUGGAAUGGAAAUUGUUUUUAUUCAAGAUUGGGUAAUUGUUUCAUAGCUCCACAAUGGUUUACUAAGGAUUUACCAAAAGACUUGCAUCUAGAUGGUGAACUCUUCGGUGGAAGAGGUAAAUUUCAAUCUACAGUUAAAAUUGUGAAAAACCAAGAAUGUGACGAUUGGAAGAAAGUUAAAUAUCAUGUAUUUGAUGCUCCAAAUCUUGAGAAAAAACCAUUUGAAGAAAGAUAUAGUUCUUUGAGAGAAUUUUUUGAUGCUGAAAGCCCCCAAUACGCUGUGUUAUGCGAACAAACAAAAUGUAAGGGAAAAGAACACAUUCAGGAAGAAAUGAAGAAAAUAUUGAAAUUACAUGGCGAAGGUUUGAUGAUUCGACAACCAAAAUCUAAAUAUGAACGUUCCAGAUCUAAAACUUUACUCAAGAUUAAGAAAUUUCAUGAUGCAGAGGCACGCGUAAUUGGGUAUAAACCAGGUACUGGAAGAUUUCACAAUGCUGUUGGUGCUCUGUUAGUAGAAAUGGCUAAUGGAAAACAAUUCCAUGUUGGAUCUGGGUUAACAGAUGCAGACCGAAGAAAGCCUCCAAAAAAAGGCACCAUUAUCACUUAUAAAUUUCAGGAAUAUACUAAUUCUGGUACUCCCAGAUUUCCCUCAUAUAUAGGUAUAAGAAUUGACAUGACAGAACCAAAAGAUGUUAUUUUACCUCCUAAACCAACCGACGACUGA